AUGUCCGCUGAAGACACAGCUACUCCCACGGAUUCCCGUGCGGGGACUAUGGCACCCGAGUCGGUGAUUCCUUCGUCGCCACUCACGGACCCGACUGAGGCUGAAGGCUCGAAGUCUUCUCAUGAUACAGAUGACAAACCCAAGGAAGAUUUGACCGAUUCAGAAGACGUCGAGGGGAUGGACAGCAAGGCCAAGGCCUUGAUGCACUUGUUGAAAACUAGCUCAGUCUUUGUUGCUAUCAUGUCAGAUAAAAUGAAGAAGCAGCAAGAAGACGCACGCUUGGCGGCGAUCAAGCGCCACGAACAAGCUGCGGCGAGUCAGAAGAAAACGAAGUCUCCUCCCGAACCUGCUCGCCGCGCCACUCGAACUCGGCCGAACCAAGAUGCGACGGAGGAGAGCACAGCCGCCGGCGGAAAGGACGCCAACGAAAAGACCGCAGGAUCGACCAGAGGUCGGCCUAAGCGGGAGCCGCCGCCAAAGGCAGCUCUAUUUCCAAAGGCCGACGUGGAAGUGACUGAAGACAAUCCCUCUGUGCAGCAAGCCCUUGAGCAGGCUGCAGAUGACUACGAAGCAAACCCAACAGCCCUUGGUGAGCAGGACUUGGUCGCGACCCAGCAGCCAACACUUGUCAGUGGUGGCAAAAUGAGAACAUACCAGCUGGAGGGCCUCGAAUGGCUCAAGACUUUAUGGAUGAAUGGCCUUUGUGGCAUUCUUGCCGAUGAGAUGGGCCUUGGAAAGACUAUUCAAGCAAUCUCAAUGAUUGCUUUCCUGAAAGAGAAGAAAGUCUCAGGUCCAUUUUUGAUUGCAGCACCGCUGAGUACUGUGAGCAAUUGGGUGGAUGAGUUCGCCCGAUGGACCCCAGGUAUUAAAACGGUUUUGUAUCACGGCUCGAAAGAUGAGCGAGCUGCCAUGCGCAGCAAGUUUAUGAAAAUGAAAAAUCAGGGCGACAUGGACUUCCCGGUAGUGUGCACAUCUUACGAGAUCUGCAUGAACGAUCGGAAGUUCCUAGCUCAAUAUCAAUGGCGUUACAUUGUCGUUGAUGAGGGCCAUCGCCUCAAGAACAUGAACUGCAAGCUGAUUAAAGAGCUUUUGACCUAUAACUCGGCCAAUCGUCUGUUAAUCACUGGAACGCCGCUACAGAACAACAUUUCAGAAUUGUGGUCACUUUUACAUUUCCUGCUUCCUGAAGUCUUCAACGACCUCAACUCGUUUGAAGGUUGGUUUGAUUUUUCUUCCGUCCUGGACAACAAGGGCCAGGCAGACCUUGUUGAAAAACGGAAGCGCAACUUGGUUACCAGUAUGCACGCCAUCCUGAAACCCUUCCUUCUCCGGCGUCUUAAAACAGAUGUGGAAACGUCCCUCCCCAAGAAGCGUGAGUACAUUUUGUACGCCCUGCUGACCCCAGAACAAAAAGAUCUCUAUCGAGAGAUCAUCAAUGGCACAGGGCGCCAAUACCUUGAGGGAAAGGCUCUGGAGCGUCUGGAGAGUAGGAGUGGCAGCUCUACGCGAUCGCACAGUAUGAAGCGCAAACGGCAUGACAGUGAUGAUGCAACGCCGGUCAAGAGCGCCAAAUCCAGCGGGAUAUCCACGCCGGCUAGCGAUGGAAAUAAUUCUAGCCGCCGUCGCCGACGCAGUACACGUCAGAGUUACAAUGACCUAAGUGAAGGAGAGUUUGAUGAGCACCUGCGCAAACUCGAGCUGGGAAUUGAAGAAGAGGAAAAGAAGGUCGAGCCCAGCGAUACUGAGCUUGAAGAGAUGCAGCGGGCUGAGAAUCUGAAGCUUGCCAAGAAAGAGAUUGGCCAAAAGAAGAUGCAAAACCCGGUCCUACAGGCUCGCCUUGCCUGCAACUCUCCUCACAACUUCUACUGGCCAUGGAUGGACGAGUCCUCCACUGUGGAUGAAACACUCGUCUCGGCCUCUGGAAAGAUGCUUUUGUUGGACCGCUUGGUCUCGUGUUUACUUGAGAAGGGCCACAAGAUUUUGAUUUUCUCUCAAUUCAAAACUCAACUUGAUAUCAUCGAAGAGUGGGCAAGGACACUUCGCUCCUGGGAUUGUUGCCGAAUCGACGGCGCUAUUGCACAGUCAGAGCGCCAGGCUCAGAUUAAAGACUUCAAUACCAAAAAGAGUCACAAGCUGUUCCUCCUGAGCACCCGAGCUGGUGGCCAAGGAAUCAACCUCACCGCCGCCGAUACUGUCAUAAUCUUCGAUUCUGACUGGAACCCCCAGCAGGAUCUUCAAGCCCAGGACCGAGCCCACCGCAUUGGCCAGACCAAGCCAGUGAUUAUCUACAGAUUGGCGACGAAGGGUACCGUUGAGCAGACACUCCUCGAGAAAGCGGAUUCCAAGCGCCGGCUGGAACGUCUGGUGAUCCAGAAAGGCAAAUUCCGCUCCUUGCUCGACCCCAGUGUGAAUUCCCAGGAUAUCGACGAACUGCGCAGGGUUCUUGGCGAGAACGAGUUCGAGCGGUUUGAGGUUGGCGCUGACCCUGCGUCGAUUUUGUCGAAUGAAGAUCUUGACAUCUUGACCGAUCGUUCGGAAGAAGCGUAUCUCCGUGCUGAGAAGGGUUUGGAUACGAAAGGCGCUGCGUUUGUUGCAGUUGAAACGAAGCGUGAUUCUGGUGAGAGCAUUCUCUCUUGAGGUGUUCAGUGGCUGUCUACUUUGUGUCUUUUCUUCCAUCCAAGCUACAAGCUGGAUGAUGUCUAGUUGUUACUGGAUUGUAACAAUAUCUAUGUGGGCUGGCUGGUUUUGUUGGUGGGAUGGAUGAUUUUUGCUUCACCUGGCGUUUCCUCGUGGUCAGGUAGACACCUAGACCAUGAUACAUCCUCGCUAUUGUAUCAUAUGUUAAAUUAUUUCGAUGUUUCUUGCACUCAGAAAUAAAAAUGCAAAGAACAUCCCUUUGACGCCUGAAGCUCCCUAACCAUUGUCACAUGAGCUUCU